AUGCGGUUGAGAGAGGUCGACAAGGAAAUGUUUCCGACAGGCAGCAUAAGGAUAUAUAUCACUGAAUUUGAUCCGGAAUCUGAGACCGAGGUUACCCGUUUCGAAGUACUUGCUCCUGAAACCACGUCUUUCCGGUAUGAGCACAGGGAGGAUAGUGCUUUGGAGGUAGAAUUUGUUAUUCAAGCCUAUGGAGAUGAUCAACAUGCCAUGAAUAUCACUGCA